UUAUUAUUAUUAUUAUUAUUAUUAUUAUUAUUAUUAUUAUUAUUAUUAUUAUAUGUCUUUAUUAAAAUGUAAGGUUAUUUUGCCUUGGCAUCAACGAAACGCCGGGAUGCAAUCUUUUAAAAACGACCUAAAAUGGCCAAUUAUUUAAUUACAAAAAACGGUGGAUGGCUAUAUCAUAUAUUAUAAGGUUUAUCUGUUUAUUGUAGUAGCCUAUAAAAACCUCUAUCCAAUCUAAAGAGGCUAACGGGGGUGUACUGUUUGUGCUAUUGUUUAUUAUGUUUCAAUCCCCGUUGAUGAGUACGAUUUUGGCCUUUUCAAUCGUCUGUAAAUUAUGAUUAUAUAUUUUUUAUUUUGGUGGCUCCCUCUUGCCGUUUCAAGCCGCGCUGCAUCCUAUAGUUUGACAUCUCAGCACCAGCGCCCCACCUCCCUCCAAACUGACGUCACGACUCAGGUUAUUUGCAUGAGCAAUGCUGCUGCAAGCAACUGGGAACUCAGUGUCUCGAUUUCUUACCAACGAUCGCGCUAGAAGAAAAAAAAAAGAGCGAGCUACAGCGCAGAGGAGGAAAAUUACCAGCAAAACACCAGAGCUUGUGAAAGUGAAUAGCCGUCAUUCUCAUCCGCACAGCUCUGCACAGCCAGACCGGAGCGAAGCAUGGAGCUACCAGCGGCGGGAGAGCACGUCUUUGCUGUGGAAAGCAUUGAGAAAAAGCGAGUAAGAAAGGGAAGAGUUGAAUACCUGGUGAAAUGGAGAGGCUGGUCUCCCAAAUACAACACGUGGGAGCCAGAGGAAAACAUCCUUGAUCCGAGACUCCUGAUUGCUUUCCAAAACAGAGAAAGACAGGAACAGCUUAUGGGUUAUCGCAAACGUGGACCUAAACCCAAACACCUCCUGGUUCAGAUUCCUUCUUUUGCACUGCGUUCCAGUGUGCUUUCGGAUCUCCAGGAAACCUCUCUAGAUGAUGAGAACAGGCCCAAGACUGAGACUAUCCCAGGGAACAAAAUGCAGUAUCAGCAGUAUCAGUUGAACAGCAAGAAGCACCACCAGUACCAACCCAACAGUAAUGACGCCCAAGUCGAGCAACAGGCCAACAGCAAGAAGAAAUAUUACUACCAGCUUAACAGCAAAAAGCAUCACCAUUACCAACCGGACCCCAAAAUGUACGACCUUCAGUACCAAAGGGGAAGAGAGAGAGAGAGAGAGAGCAGUCAGCUCCAUGUGGACCACAGUCGUAAUUUGUCUCCCACUCUGCAGCAGACAUGGGUUCACAAAAAAGAGACUGGAUGCCUUAAUCAGGUUAAAGACCUGUCUGUGGAGCUCAAGAAGCUUCCAGCCCAUUUAACUGGAAGCGAACCAGUUCUGAACUCUAAUGGAGUUACCAGUGCUGCCAAAGAAGUUGCAAGGAGCAACGGGAUUGGAAGUAAAAUGAAAAUCGUGAAAAACAAAAACAAGAAUGGGAGAAUCGUCAUUGUCAUGAGCAAAUAUAUGGAGAAUGGAAUGCAAUCAGCAAAGAUUAAAUCCAGGGACAAUGAAAUGAGCCACCAGGACAGAAAGGUAGAUACUUCAGGAAAUGUGUCAGAGAGGACUAAGUUGGUUGAUUCACACAGAUCGGAAGAUGAGAGUAACAAAGAUGAAGAAGAGCAAAUGCCAGCAAGUGCUCGUACUGCUACUGGACUAAAAAAUGGACAUUCCCAAACUGAUGAAGUAGGGAUAAGAAAUAAUGAUAACAUGGAAAAAGACAGUAAUGAGACUGGAAAUAAUGCAGAACUGAUGGAUGACCAACCUCUUCAGCUUACCACCAAACCUAAUUUAAUACCAUGGCCCUUUGAAAUGGGUGUUCUGUCGAGACUGGACCAGAAAAGGAAUGAGGUUGGAAUAAAUCUGGCUCAUUCCAGGAAACGCAAUCUCUCUGAACCAAAUGAGGAAAGAGGAGUUAUCAAAAAGUUUCUCGCUUCUAGGAGCAUAAGCACACCCAGCAGCAUGCCUCAGAUACCCCAGGAGAAGCCAAUGGACCUUCAUCUGAACAGCUACCACCACACUAGUGUACCAGACUACUUGUUUGAUGGUUCAAACCCAGAAGAACCUAUAGACUUAAGUUUUGUGAAGCCCAGAGCUGUGAUGGAGACCUGCAAACAGGUGCAGGUAGAAACAAAGGAGAAAGAGCCUUUGGAGACACAGGAAGAGAAGGAGGAACCUGCAUCUAGUUUUAAACCAUUCCUUGGAAACAUCAUAAUUACUGAUGUCACUGCAAACUGUCUUACUGUCACCUUUAAGGAAUAUAUUACUGUCUAAUGAAUUGGACCAUGAAUGGGGAAUUUAUACAUUAUAGACCUGAUAUACGCCACUAAAAAAACAAUAAAUUCCUGUUUUUUUAUAUCUAUUGGAGCGCUGGUUAGAAGAAGCCGUUGGUGUCUACUUGCUCCAAUUUUCACCCAUGUUGUCCUCCUGCCACAAACCAUGAAGUCCAUUCUCUUGUAUGAAGUCUCAGUUUAUGAACCUGAUGUUUUUAUAAUAUCACAAUGGUUGUCAUUGGUAAUGGAGGGGUAUGAAGCUGUGAUGCAACUUUGAUUUAAAAAAAUAAUAAUAAUAAUAAAAUAAAAAAGUGCAUUUUAAUUUGAGAUGUAAAAAUAGAAGUGAAUAGUUUGGAUACUUCUUCCUAGUGGAUAUCUGGCCUCAGAUUAAAAAGCGUGUGUGUGUGUAUAUGUGUGUGUGUAUAUAUAUAUAUAUAUAUAUAUAUAUAUAUAUAUAUAUAUAUAUAUAUAUAUAUAUAUAUAAAAUUAAAACACCUUUUGUUUUCACUGCUUUAUAAUAUUUUCAUCAAAGACGUGCGCUUAAUUUACAAUGUUAAUUGCAGAAAAAUGAAAAAUAUCUGCUGGAUACUGUAUUGGGGGGGGGAAAAAAACAAACAAUACAGUUACCCUUAUGUACUGAUCUUUCUCUAAUAUUAUGGGGUAUGGUGGCAUGACAUCUCCCAGGUAAAAUAAAUACAUACUUACUCAAGGUAAAUUGGGUUGUGUUAAGUAUAGUAGUAAAUGUAUAAGACUUAUACAUGGAUCUUAACGUUCAAUCUGUUGUGGAGACAGGCUGUUGUUUUUUUGAUAUUAUGUCAACUGUAUUAGAUAUUAUUUUACUGGAUUUAAGACAUUCCCAGAAUGAUGCCCAUUGUGUUGCCACCAAAUUAUUUUGGACAGGAGUCAUAAGGACCUGUUACCAGUUGUUUAGGGGACCCCAAAAUCUUACUUUCUUUAUAAUCUGGGUAUUAAAAAAAAUAUAUGUAUUUUGGGUUAUUAUUACUGUUGUACUAAACUGCUAAGUAGUUCUUCCCUUAAAGUGCAAAAACCCUAGAAUCUGAUGCUAACAAGUUAAAGAGUGCUGCUAAACUGUAGAAAUGUUUAUACGUUGAGCUGUUGAUGUUUAUUGCUUGAAUGUAACCACACAAGAGUUUAACAAAAAAAAGAAAGAAAGUAUUUAAUGUACAAGAAUGGACUUUGCAGAUCCAUUACAAUAAAUAGCCACUUGAAUGAGGGGGAUUGUAGUAUUCUGUAAAUGGUCGCCAUAUUGGAAUUGUUGCUAAUUGCUUCAAAUAAUAAUGACCUUGUCAUCAUGUACAAAGGGGGUUUAUCUGUUUGUGCUCUUCUAUAUAGUUUAAAGAAUAACAAUCGCACACACACACACAAUAAAUGUUUGCUUUUAGUAUACUGCGAAUGAUCUUUAAAAGGCCAGUAUGUAUAGUGUAAAAAUAAUCUUGUUUAAACUUUGCAAAUCCUGUAGUUUGGUACAUGCACUUAGUUAUAAAAUGUAUGUAGCUUUAAAGCAAUUAAGUGAGAAUUUCACAAUAUUUUUUAUUUUAUUUUCUUUUUUAUUUGAGCUGGCUGUCUUUGGUAAUUGCUCUGCAAUAUAAAAAAAUAAAAUAACAAUUAUUUAAAGUGAA